AUGUACACCAAUUAUUCGCUUACAAGCAAUGACACAGUGUCCCGAACUUACCUGGUUGGUACAGCCUCACUAAAAAUGUCUGAGAAGAAGCACCAAUUAGCGAAUUGCAGCGAAUUAACGAAGAAGGUAGCCCAUAUAAUUAACACCGAUGGUGAUUCAGAACCGGAGUUAGUGAAUGAAUUGUCAGUAACGGGCUCCAACGAAGACGGUGACAUGACUUCAAAUUCAUGGACUUCGCGAACUUCCAGCGACUUCAUCAAAUUAACAUAUGUAAACUCGAAAUUAGAUCCGUCUUUGCCGUCCCAAUAUUUCAAGCAGGAUAUCUUAGACAUUAUACAAAGCCUGGAGAUUCCUGGGUGGUCUGUAAACUGCUCCAGAAAAAUCUCGCUGAAUAGAGAUUUAUUAACUUUGACGAAAAUUAAAGGGGCCCUUACGAAUGUCAUUUAUAAAAUUCAAUAUCCAUAUUUGCCCUCUUUACUGAUGAGAAUUUUUGGUGAUAACAUCGAUUCUGUAAUUGAUAGGGAAUAUGAAUUGAAGGUAAUUGCUAGAUUGUCUUUUUAUAAUUUAGGCCCCAAAUUAGAAGGAUAUUUUCAGAAUGGUAGGUUUGAGAAAUAUAUUGAGGGUUCAAGAACAUCUACUCAAGCUGACUUUAUAGAUCGGGAUACUUCCAUGAAAAUUGCCAAAAAGUUUAAAGAGUUGCAUUGUACCGUUCCACUAACGCAUAAAGAAAGAUCGAAUGAACCAUUAUGUUGGAAAACCUUUGAUCAAUGGAUCAACCUAAUAGAUUCACAUAAAGAGUGGGUUACUGAUAAAAAUAAUAUUAGUGAAAAUUUACGUUGUUCAAGCUGGGACUUUUUUAUAGAAUGUUUUAAAAGUUAUAAGCACUGGCUGCAUAAUGAUUCGGCUUUUACAUCAAAACUGUUGAGAGAAGGUAACAAGGAUAAUGCGAUGAAUACUGGGCUGAAGAUGGUAUUCUGUCACAAUGAUUUACAGCAUGGUAAUUUACUUUUUAAUAGUAAGGACAAUGAUAACGUCUCAGUAGAUGACUUAACAAUUAUUGAUUUUGAAUACGCUGGUCCUAAUCCUGUUGUAUUUGAUUUAUCGAAUCACUUAAAUGAAUGGAUGCAAGACUACAAUGACGUACAGUCAUUUAAAUCCCAUGUUGAUAAGUACCCCAAAGAAGAAGAUAUAUUGAUCUUUGCACAAAGUUAUAUAAACCACAUGAAUGAAAAUCAUGUGGAAAUUCAUUCACAAGAAGUCCGGAUUCUCUAUAAUCUAAUCAUAGAGUGGAGGCCUUGUGCUCAAUUAUUUUGGUGUCUUUGGGCCCUUUUGCAAAGUGGAAGGCUUUCUCGACAACGACGGACAAAAGAUAAAAGAAUAAUUAGCAAAGAAUAUAUUCCAUGUGAUAAGGCAUAUACUACUACAUACCAAAACGACGAAUGUAAAGAGAACGGAAAAUACGAUGAUUACGAAGAUGGGUCGUUCAACUAUCUAGGGUUUUGUAAAGAAAAGAUGUCUGUCUUUUGGGGUGAUUUAAUUACAAUGAAUAUUAUUGACAGAGAUUGUUCUGAUGUGGGAAAAAUUGACUACUUAGAUACUAAGAUCCUUUUUUAG